UGGACCGUACUCGACUAUCUUGACUAUCUUGACUGUCUGUGAGCGUCAACCAAAUUGGCCAUGGUGAAAACAGAGGAGACAGGGCGGGAAAUAGAUGAGAUCAGAAAGAGGCUGUACCGGUAAAAGCGACGAGAAUGCAUCCGCAGCAGAUCUGGGAAUGGAGUGGUGCUUCGAUAAGAACAGGGCGGUGGCUGCUUCCAUACUUGGAAGACAUUCUGUGUGUGUGUGUGUGUGUACAGGAACAAAGAGAACCUUGACGAAAGUCGCUCAGAACCUCGGCCAUGUAUGAUAUGUGGUACCUUUUGCGGUGUUUCGUUCAAUAUUCGGUCGUGGGUUCUAGGCUCGUUGUUCUGAACAGUUCACAAGGGGCAGUAGGGGCAGCUUC